ACAUGGUUAUUAAUGUAUGCAGCAUUACUAAAGGCAGUGAGUAGACAACACUUAAAGCUUGGUUAGCUUUAGCUUCAACGCAGCUAAUACCUGUUCCUACCAGAACAAUGGCACCAAUCGCCCUAGCGACACGCUGUGUGUUGAAUGACGUCACCGUCUGUAGUCUAUGUGGAAAGAGAAGGGAGGGCUUUCGCUUAUGUGGUAGUUAGGACGUAUCAAGAAAAGGAACAGUGGGAAAUUGGCAAUCUGCUACAGCAAGACGAGAAUACUCUUGUUUACGCUAUAUCGGACAAAGUGGAAGGAAGCAUAAAUAUUACGGGUGGAACAGAUAUAGCACACGUUGAGAGAAGGCCUCGGCCGGCCUGUCUGGGACGGGCAGUUUGCGCAAGCUGAGGUGAGAUUUUUGCCUCAUCAUGAAUGAAGAAAAUCAACAUUUACACUGUGCAAGCUGUGUCAACCGCCGCUGUAUGAUGAAGCUAGAGGCUGGAGUAUCAUGUGAUUUAGUCAACUGCCUGCAUGUUUGCGGGGCAGUCUUUCACUCCUGCAAAGCUGAUGAGCAUCGAAUAUUGUGCCCCCUAGAAAGGGUGCCUUGUUUAAACCAGGGAUUUGGUUGUCCUUUUGUAAUGAGUCGUAACAAGUUAGCUGAACACCUACAGUACUGCCCUGCAAAUGUAGUAUGUUGUACAAUGGAGUGGAAUAGAUGGCCAGUAAGCUAUGCAGAUAGAACAUCUUAUGAGAACCUCAGCACAGAUGUUGAUACAGUAGAACAGUUAGAUCUGGCUUUAGCUUUGCAAGAUCAAAGAAUGCUUCUGGAAUCUCUUAAAGUGGCAACAAUGAUGUCCAAAACAACUGAAAAGCUUGAACCUCAUGAACCUGGUAAAGCAGAAAAUGAUAAUAGAAUGCCUACAAAAGAUGCUUCUAGUGAUGAAGAUCCUUAUAGUGUAUUUUAUCAAGCAACACUUGAGACAACAAGGAGUUUAGCUGCUGCUUUGGACAUAUUAAAUAAUGCUACAAGAGACAUUGCUAUGCUUAACUGUAGGUUAAGAGAUGCCAGUUCUGAGAUGAACAAAAGAUUUCAGAUUUCUGAGCAAAAUGGUAGAUGUGAUAUCUUUAAAGAUCAGGGAUUUGUAGAGGAAGAAGGCAUUGGGGCUGCUAAUGAAGUUAUGUGCAGUCCCUUGAAUCACUUACAUCAAAACAGUUCCAAUGAUUUCUAUCCAAGAAGAAACUGUAGUGAUUUUGCUCAAUGCGAAGCCGUUAAUAUAAAGCAAUCAUCUGUAAUGUUUAAUGGUUUCCAAAAGGAUGGAAAGGAUAUGUUUUCUGUAGUAACAAGACAAAAUGCUGAUAUUUCCUUAGAUGGCCGUAAAACCCAUGUAAACCCUAAUGGUUCUUUUCUUGGUGUUGAGCAGCUCUCGGCUUCGCGUUUCAAAAAUGGUUCUGAGGAGCAAAUGGAUAAAAAUGGUGAACAGUGGUUCCGAAAUGUUGCUGUCUUUGGAAGAAGCCCAUUUCUCGGUAAUUCAUAUUGGUUUAAAGUUGGGACUGAAAGCAAGGCAGUAGACACAUCCGAUUUGGAAGUACAAGAGGAUCCCAUGGGACUCAAUCGCAUCGAUUUGGUAACAGCUGCUUUUCUGUUCUGUUUAGGAGAGUCACCUGGAGGUAGAGGGAUUUCUGAAAGACGAUAUGUAGAUGCCAAUCAUAUUGACUGCGGAACCCAAACCUUUUCAUUUCCAUCUGCAAUAUUGGCAACAAAUACAAUGGUUGGUGACAUUGCAUCAGCUUGUGCUUGUGAUCAUGCUAAUCCUCAGCUUUCCAAUCCUAGUCCUUUCCAGACACUUGGCCUAGACUUGGUUCUAGAAUAUGUUGCAGGAUACCAAGUAAAACAAAGGUCUAUGUUUACAUUUGUAUGUGGACAACUAUUUAGAAGAGAUGAAUUUUCUGCUCACUUUAAGAAUGUACAUGCUGAUAUUCACGCUGGUUUAAAUGGAUGGAUGGAACAAAGAUGUCCGCUGGCAUAUUAUGGAUGUACUUUUUCUCAACGUAGAUUUUGCCCAUUGACCCAAGGAUCAAAAAUCAUUCAUGAUCGACACUUGAAGUCUUUUGGGGUUCAGCCUCACAUACCCAGCACAAGUCGGUCUAUAAAGAACUCUUCCCAAAGCCCAUCUGUAGAUCAUUUUAGUAGCUUGCCAUAUGAAGUUCUGCAGCACAUUGCAGGAUUUCUUGAUAGUUUUACUUUGUGCCAACUUUCAAGAGUUUCUAGACUUAUGAGAGAUGUUUGUGCAAGUUUGCUGCAGGCUCGUGGAAUUGUUGUUCUGUUAUGGGAAAAGAGACUACAUCCACAAGGAAGUUCUUGGCAAAUCAAAGAAAAGGUAUGGCGUUUUAGUACAGCAUUCAGUGCAGUGAAGGAGUGGAAAUUUGCAGAUGUUGUCAGCAUGGCUGACCAUUUGAAAAAAUGCAACUACAACACUGUUGAGAAAAGAGAAGAGGCUGUUCCUCUUCCAUGUAUGUGUGUAACUCGGGAACUCACUAAAGGAGGACGCUCACUUCAAUCAGUAUUGAAGCCUGUCUGGUCUUCAGACACAACACCACACCAACACUAAACCAUUUUAACUUUUGCUUGGUUUUAUUUUGACACUCAUAUUUAAAUAAAAAGCCUGUGUGUGUAUAUGUGAAAAACAAGUGUGUGUGUGUGUGUGUGUGUGUGUGUAUGUAUACAUUUGUGUGUGUGUGUGUGUGUGUGUACACACAAUACAUUUUGUAGAUCUCAAUGGCUUUUAGAAGUGAUUUUGUUUUAUCAAAUUAAAUACAUUGUGGGUAAAAAUGCCUUAAACUCUGUGAGAAAUGUUGAAAGUUGCUGGUAAUUGGAAGAGGUAAUGAACGCAGACAUCGAUGCUGACCCUCCAUCUUAAAUCAGAGCUUGCUAAUUGGUGCUUUCAGAAGCAUUUAAAGAGUAACUGUUUGUUUAUUGCUAUUUGCGUGUGAUUAAACAUUGUUUCAAAUAAUCAUUUUUCA